GCCAAACCCAAAUUCAAAUGAAAUUUAAUUACACGCGUAGAUUACGUGCAUGUCAUGAAAUCCGUGUCCCCUCCAACGAACCCCACCAAAGAAAGAAACCCAAGGAAAGGAGAGAGAGAAAACAUCCUUUUCUUUUGUCAAAGUUUCUAGAGUGAGAAACCCAAACCAAAAACCUUUUUUUUUUUUUAAGUUUAUAUUAAUUGAUUUUUCCACAGAGAAACACGGAGAGAAGAGAGAGAAAGCGCCUGCCGCUAUAUUCGGCGGAGAUUUUAGUGGUGGUGCCACCCUGCUAACUUGCACCUCGUCUGCCACUUCAUUUGCUAAAUUACGCGGGACGGCCAUUUUUUUCCUUGCUUUGACCUUAUAUUUACAAGAUUCUGGUGGACUUGAUUUUAUUGUAUUGUUGCUGUUUUUGGUUUGGAGUGAAAUGGGUUAAGCUUGAAUUGGCUAAAGUUUGACUCUUUUUGAGCUUUUUGGUCUCAAAGGUGUUGUUUGUAAGAAAAGAAGUAAAAAAAUGGGUGAUAGUGAAGAAGGUAACACUGGUGUGAUGCAAAGGAUUCAAUCUUCAUUUGGAACAUCACCAUCUUCAAUUCCUAAGCAACCAAUGAGCCAUCUUGAAAUACCUCAGUUGAAUCCUAAUCAAAUCAGGGCUGCUAGACAUUUCUCUCAUUUUGGCCAAAGCUUUAAUGGUGGUGAUGCUAGUAAUAAAAGAGUUGGUAUCCCUCCUUCAUACCCUAACCAGAUCCCGCCCAUUUCGCCUUAUUCACAGAUUCCAGUGUCCCGCUCGAUGAACCAGCAAAUGGGUUCUCAGAGUUUUAUUCAGGGACCUGCUCAUUCGCGGUCUUUGUCUCAGCCUUCUUCCUUCUUUUCACUUGAUUCAUUGCCACCCUUAAGCCCUUCCCCAUUUCGUGAUUCUUCGUCUGUGGCGGUUUCAGACCAAAUUUGUACUGAUGUGUCUAUGGACGAAAGGGAUGCAGCUUCGCAUUCUUUGUUGCCACCCUCACCUUUUUCUAGGGGGAAUUCUCCACGGGUUGGAGAGAGUUUGCCCCCUCGAAAAUCACAUAGGAGGUCGAGUAGUGAUAUUCCAUUUGGAUUUAAUACAAUAAUGCAAUCUUCGCCACCUCUUAUUCCCUUAAAGGGUGCAGGUGGUUUGGAACCAUCCGUGUCUGUUAAGGAAAAUUCGGGUGUGCCUAAGCCAGCUCAGUUGGUGAAAAAGGAAACGAGUUGGGUGAGAGGUGCUGAUGGCAAUGCGGAAGGAAUGGGUGAGAGGAAAUCGGAGGGGGAAGCUGUGGAUGAUUUGUUUUCAGCUUAUAUGAAUUUGGAUAAUAUUGAUGCUUUGAAUUCUUCGGGCACUGAUGAUAAGAACAAUGGUAACGAGAAGCAUGAAGAUUUGGAUAGCAGAGCAAGUGGAACAAAGACCAAUGGAGGUGAUAGCAGCGAUAAUGAAGCGGAAAGCAGUGUGAAUGAAAGUGGGAACAGUGCACCACAGGGUGGAAUGAAUUCAACUGAGAAAAGGGAAGGGAUCAAAAGGAGUGCAGGAGGAGACAUUGCUCUAGCCGGUAGACAUUAUAGAAGUGUUUCCAUGGAUAGUUUUAUGGGGAAGUUGAACUUUGGUGAUGAGUCUCCAAAAUUACCACCUUCGCCUGGAACUCGCCCUGGACAACUCUCACCUAGCAAUUCAAUUGAUGGGAAUUCAGCUGCCUUUAGUUUGGAGUUUGGAAAUGGUGAGUUCAGUGCGGCUGAACUGAAGAAAAUUAUGGCAAAUGAGAAGCUUGCUGAGAUUGCAAUGACUGACCCAAAGCGUGCAAAGAGGAUAUUGGCAAAUCGUCAAUCAGCUGCCCGUUCCAAAGAGCGGAAGAUGCGGUAUAUUUCAGAAUUGGAGCACAAGGUUCAGACUCUCCAGACUGAAGCUACCACAUUGUCUGCUCAGCUAACACUUUUACAGAGAGAUUCUGUUGGGCUUACAAAUCAGAACAAUGAGUUGAAGUUUUGUCUUCAAGCCAUGGAGCAACAAGCACAACUACGUGAUGCUCUAAACGAAGCAUUAACUGCGGAGGUUCGGCGAUUAAAGCUCGCUACUCAAGAGCAAGGUGGUGAUUCUGACCCCUCUAAGGGCAUAGUUUCCCAGCAGGUUUCUGUUAACCACCAGAUGUUCCAGCUACACCAGCAGCAUUCUUCCCAGGCUAACAUUCCUCAUCAGUUCCAGCAGCGGCCACCACCACAGCCCCAACAGCAGAAUGGGAACACAACUGGAAAAACAGAGUCGAAUCAGUAGCUUGUGACUUUCGCAAGAGUUGAAACAUCACGAUGCUAUUUCACCAUGAUAUUAUUCCCUAAUUUCUUCGCGUGCAUUCAUUCAUUAGUUUUCAAAUCUCCAUCUUCAACGAGUUUCAUGGUUGUGGUAAUUACAGUUCAACCUAGCAUGGGAUAUGCAUCUCCAACUUAAACACGCUUCAUGGAACCUUGCUUCGGAUCUCCAUCUCGGAUCAUGGAAUGAAGUAACAUACAGCUUAAAUAAUCAUAAAUCGUUUAUAGUAAUCUUUUAUUUAUUCAUGGUAGACGAUAAUAUUGGAAUGUAAACAUUAAGUUGACAUGAUUUGUUGCAUUGCAUUAACAUUAGAAGAGUUGAACUUAACACUUCAGUCUUUUGUUUCGUUUAAAGAGUUGGGUAUUUCGUUUCAACUGUUUGCCAAUUGGCUUGGCUUGCACGGUUUGUUUAAAGAUGUUGGGGGGAUCAUAAAUUUGAAGCCACCUUGAAAAGUUUGUCUUAGAGACAUCUAUUAAAUGAUUCAUUAU